AUGCCCCGUUCUUCUCGUACAGGCGUAUUAGUUUUUGAUCCAGAAAUCGAGAAGACCGCACGAAAGUUGAAGAAGCAAGCUAAGGAGUGGAAAAAGAGAUCCAAUUCUGCUCCACCGAGUAUUGAGGAUCAAGAAGAAAUUGAAGAUCCAAUGGGUGACCGUAAUAAUAGGGAUGAGGAGAACGAUAGAGAGAUCGUUGAUCCUCGACAGGAACCACCUCAACUGAUCAGAGAGUUAGGCCGUCAUAGAAGCAAUCGCCCUUUGUGCAUUGUCCUUCCUGCCAUUAAUGGCAACGCUGAAAUACGGCCUGGUUUCAUUCAAGUGCUACCCAAAUUCGGUGAUUUACCUGGAGAGAGUGCACACAAGCAUCUGGCUGAAUUUGAUCUAGUUUGCUCAACUCUACGCCCUCAUGGUUUUACUGAAAAUAAUUUGAGGCUAUUGACUUUUUCUCAUACUUUGCAGGGUAGAGCGAGAGAUUGGCUUUUUGAUCUUCCUCCUGGUUCGAUUAGAACUUGGGGAGAUUUAGAAGAACAAUUCUUGCGAAAAUUCUUUCCUGAGUCCAGAGCUGCAAAUUUGAGAAUGGCCAUUAGCAGCAUUAAACAGAAGAAGGCGGAGAGUUUAGCCGAUUAUUGGGAGAGAUUCCAACAGCUGUGUCGCAAGUGUCCUGAUCAUGGAUUUUCUGACUACCAAUUGCUUACUAACUAUUUUUAUCGUGGUAUGUCUUCUUUUGAUAGGAAAAUUGUUGACGCUGCUUGUGGUGGAAGCUUGACCAAUAAAACUUUGGACGAAGCAAAGCAACUCAUCGUUGACAUGGUUUCAAAUGGCCAACAAUAUGAGGAUGAGGAUGAUGAUCGUUAUAGGCCAGUGCAGAAAGUAGAAAAUUCCAACAUGAACGAGAGAAUUGAUGCUCUCACCUCUUUAGUUAGAGGACUUGCUGUCUCUAAAACUCAACACGUUCAAUGUGGAAUUUGCUUUGAAAAUAAUCAUCCUACUGAUGCAUGUCCAUCUCUGCAGGAUAAUAAUACUGAGCAAGCGUGCAUGGGAUCCGCUGAUGAGCAAGAGAUGAACGCACAAAGGCAAAGGCGAAACGACCCUUUUUCCAACACCUACAAUCCAGGGUGGAGAAAUCACCCAAAUUUUAGGUGGAAACAGCAGGAACCAGGGAUGUACGCGCCGAAUCCGCCGCAGGCUGGACAGUAUGCCCAUACCGCACGUCCUGCACCGAGUUCUGCACCCAAUAUGAACGAUAUCAUGAAGAGCCUCGCCCAGAGCAGUGAAAUUGUGAAGAAUUUGGUGCAAAGUCAGCAGGCAUUCCAGCAUGAAACUCAGGCAGCGUUGAGUAAUAUGGGCACACAAAUCACGCAGUUAGCCACUCAGGUGAACAAGCUGCAGGCGAAUCAAGGUCGACUUCCUUCUGUCACGGAGAUGAAUCCCAAGGAAAAUGCAAGUGCUGUAACUACAAGAAGUGGGAGAAUUCUAGCUGAGCCACAGCCUAAGCAGCAGGACAAAGAAAAGCCCGAUGAAGCCAAGGACGAUGCAAUUAGUGAGAAGUCACCAGAAUCCACCGAGCCUAUCUCUUCUAAGGUAAGUGGAAAACCUAAGGUUUCAAUUCCUCAAUCACUGAUUGCACCACCUUUUCCUUCUAGGUUGGCUCAGAACAAGAGAAUUGAAGAAGAGAAGGAUAUUCUAGAAAUCUUCAAGAAGGUAGAAAUAAACUUACCCUUGCUUGAUGCAAUUAAGCAAGUUCCCAGGUACGCAAAGUUUUUAAAAGAGUUAUGCUCUAAGAAAAUGAAGUUUGGGAAUGAUGCGAGAAUUCGAGUGAGUGAGAAUGUUUCUGCUGUUCUUCAAAGAAAAUUACCUCAAAAGUGUCGAGAUCCUGGAUUUGCAAUUAGGACCUUUGAAAGACACUCGUGUAAUCAUUCAGUUAGCUGA